GCAUUUUAGAGUGCUGCCACUAAUGAGAGGUCAAGUUUGAGAUGGUUUUAUUGGCAGGCUUUUAGAGGCUCCUACAAAGGCAGUGAGUGCAGCCUUGCUCAGGUGUGUGGCUGGUUCUACUGUUUGAACAAGAGAUAUUCCUUAAUAGGUUGACCCUAUUAUUUCAGAGGUGAUCUUGUGAUUGACUGGGCUGUAGUGGAGCGGGUCGAGAGUUCCAAGCUCCUUGGUGUCCACAUCCCUAAACAAACUAUCAUGGUCCAAACACACCAAGACAGUCGUGAAGAGUGCAUGACAACACCUUUUCCCAGUCAGGAGACUGAAAAGAUUUGGCAUGGGUCCCCAGAUCCUCAAAAAGUUCUACAGCUGCACCAUUGAGAGCAUCCUGAUUGGUUGCAUCACUGCCAGAAUGGGGAGUUUCAGAGCUACAAGUGAGAAGCGCUACAGGUGAGAACAGAAACCCUGAGCUACAGGUGAGAACAGAAACCCUGAGCUACAGGUGAGAACAGCAACCCAGAGCUACAGGUGAGAACAGCAACACAGAGCUACAGGUGAGAACAGCAACACAGAGCUACAGGUGAGAACAGCAACCCUGAGCUACAGGUGAGAACAGCAACCCUGAGCUACAGGUGAGAACAGCAACCCUGAGCUACAGGUGAGAACAGCAACCCUGAGCUACAGAUGAGAACAGCAAACCUGAGCUACAGGUGAGAACAGAAACCCUGAGCUACAGGUGAGAACAGAAACCCUGAGCUACAGGUGAGAACAGCAACCCAGAGCUACAGGUGAGAACAGCAACCCUGAGCUACAGGUGAGAACAGCAACCCUGAGCUACAGGUGAGAACAGCAACCCUGAGCUACAUGUGAGAACAGCAACCCUGAGCUACAGGUGAGAACAGCAACCCUGAGCUACAGGUGAGAACAGCAACCCUGAGCUACAGGUGAGAACAGCAACCCUGAGCUACAGUGCCUGCCAGCUCUGUAAAAAAGCUGUUCCCUCCCCUCACCCCGAGGAUCUCCAGUUAACAUUCAGCCAUGAGGUCCUCACAGAUCAGGAGAGCCUUCAGAGGGGCCUGGAAGAUCUGAGAUAAGGUCAUCCCCAGCCGGUUCCGCCGGAGGAGCAGAAGGGACGCUGACAUCGUCAUCGUCUUCUACAGUGAAGUUUGCAGAAGCACCUUUGGCAGUGAUUACAGCUGUGAGUAUUUUUGGGUAAGUCUCUAAGAUCUUUACACACCUGGAUUGUACAAUAUUUGCAUAUUAUUCUUUUUAAAUCUUCAAGCUCUGUCAAGUUGAUUGUUCAUCAAUGCUAGACAGUCAUUUUCAAGUCUUGUCAUAGAUUUUGAAGCCAAUUUAAGUCAAAACUGUAACUAGGCCACUCAGGAAUAUUCAAUGUCAUCUUGGUAAGCAACUCCAGUGUAUAUUUGGCCUUGUGUUUGAGGUCAUUGUCCUGCUGAAAGGUGAAUUCGUAUCCCAGUGUGUGUUGGAAAGCAGACUGAAACAGGUUUUCAUCUAGGAUUUUGCCUGUGCUUAUAGUUGUAUUUUUUUUAUCCAAACAAACUCUUAAGUUCUUGCCGAUGACAAGCAUAUCCAUAACAUUAUGCAGCCACCACCAUGCUUGAAAAUAUGAAGAGUGGUUCUCAGUUAUGUGUUGUGUUGGAUUUGCCCCUAACAUAACACUUUGUAUUCAGGACAUUUUUUAUUUAAUUAUUUAUUUAACCUUUAUUUAACCAGGUAGGCUAGUUGAGAACAAGUUCUCAUUUACAACUGCGACCUGGCCAAGAUAAAGCAAAGCAGUGUGACACAGACAACAACACAGUUACACAUGGAAUAAACAAUAAACAAGUCAAUGACACAGUAGAAAAAAAAGAAAGUCUAUAUACAGUGUGUGCAAAAGGCAUGAGGAGGUAGGCAAUAAAUAGGCCAUAGGAGCGAAUAAUUACAAUUUAGCAGAUUAACACUGGAGUGAUAAAUGAGCAGAUGAUGAUGUGCAAGUAGAGAUACUGGUGUGCAAAAGAGCAGAAAAGUAAAUAAAAAUAGUAUGGGGAUGAGGCUGAAGACAUUCCUGUGUUGUCUUGGCUGUGUGGUUAGGAUCGUUGUACUGUUGGAAGGGGAACCUUCCAGUCUGAGGUGCUCUGGAGCAGGUUUUCAUCAAGGAUCUCUUUGUACUUUGCUCUGUUCAUCUUUCCCUCGAUCCUGACUAGUUUCCCAGUCCCUGCCGCUGAAUAACAUCCCCACAGCAUGAUGCUGCCACCACCAUGCUUCACCGUAGGGAUGGUGCCAGUUUUCCUCCAGACGUGAUGCUUGGCAUUCAGGCCAAAGAGUUCAGUCUUGGUUUCAUCAGACCAGAAAGGCUUCUUAACAGCUUCUACCCCCAAACCAUAAGACUGCUGAACAGCUAAUUAAAUGGCUACACUGACUAUUUUUAUUGACCCCCCCCCCCUGUUUAUUAUCUAUGCUUAGUCACUUUACCCCUACCUACAUGUACAUAUUACUUCAAUUACCUCGACUAACCUGUGCCCCCGCACAUUGACUCGAUACCGGUACCCCCUGUAUACAGCCUCGUUAUUGUUAUUUUAUUGUUGCUCUUAUUUUUUUACUUUAGUUUACAUAGUAAAUAUUUUCUUAACUCUUAUUUUUCGUAAAACUGCAUGGUUGGUUAAUUCAGCACACUUUGAGCAGAGUUUGUUGAAUGAACAAACUUUAACACAGUAGCUCAAAUUCUUGUCCAUUUGAAGUCCACUCAAUUCACAGAAUAAUGCUGAUUAAGCAAUUGGUUAACUUGGCUUUUUUACAGUGUACUGUGUAUCAUAACCUGAGGGCAGUUCUGAUUCUGAAUGAUCUUCAGGUAGAAUGUCAUCACACUCCACAUACUCAAUUAUCUUUUCUAUUCCCAACAGAAUUAAUCUACUUCUUCAAGGGGAAUGUUAAGUAGAAAUAUGACCCCAAACUCAAACAUGUCACUGCCACAGGGCCUGCCAAUGAGUUGUUGGAGUGUACUGGACAACUUAACAACAACACACUGAAGAGUGGAGAUAGCAAAGUCAUCUUCUGCUCAAAAUCUCACGCUCUCCCUUAACCAGAGACGGUUGUCCAGAUUAGGGAAGACUCAAUAGAGGAACUGAGUCAGAUGCAUGAAAGAGAAGUGUCAUUUUGAUCUGGAAACAACCACAACAAGUUGGUUUACAUCAUCAAAUAGACUCUGCAAUGUCUUAUUACAGAAUCGCACAGCUUUUAGCGAUGAAACAUUCUGUAAGCAGGAUAGCUAUUGAAAUCCUUGGUUGAAUUGACAGUAUGCUGUCCGCUCAGGGAAGUGAUGAAAGGUGUUGCAUGGUUAUUUGAUGUGACACAACCUGAUUGUCACGCCCUGGCCUUAGUUAUCUUUGUUUUCUGUAUUAUUUUAGUUAGGUCAGGGUGUGACAGGGGGGAUGUUUGUGUGUAUUUGUCUCGUCUUGGGUGUUUGUAUUGUAUAGGGGGUUUUGUUGAGUGUAUGGGGUUGUGUUCAGUAUAGAUGUUUAGGAAAGUCUAUGUUUGCCUGGUUUGGUUCUCAAUCAGAGACAGCUGUUUAUUGUUGUCUCUGAUUGGGAGCCAUAUUUAAGGCAGCCAUAGGCAUUAGGCUAUUGUGGGUAAUUGUCUAUGUGAUGUUGCAUGUUUGCACUCAGUAUUAUAGCGGUCACAUUCGUUUUGUUAUUUUGUAUUGUUUGUUAAGUGUUCUUCGUUAUUAAAAAGAAGAAUGUAUUUCUCUCACGCUGCGCCUUGGUCUCCUCACUACGACGAUCGUGACACUGAUAAUGAUGAAAUGAUAUAAUAAAUAAAGUAUAAUGCUAUAAAAAGUCUAAUCAGGGUUAAACCAGAUUACAAGAUGUCUAAAAGCCCAGGAACUAGUGUCUAGCAUUGUUACACCUACUGCCUAAUGAUUACUGUGCAUUGCCUCUGAUAUAAAACAUUUAUAAACUAUACAAUUAUUAUAUAUUAAGUGUGAAAUGCUCUUUCACGAUAUGAAACAAUAAUUCCAAUCUUGCGGGAAGCCUUCAUCUAAUGGAAGUGGCCUCCGGAAGUGUUUUGCUCUCAUGAAGUUCGCACAAAGCUUUCCCACCGACAGGCAGUGUCAUACCAUAGCUACGGGAUUGCUUGCUUGUGUCUGUGUCAUUCAUAGCACUAGAACCCCCCCCAGGAAAAAAAAAUAUAUACUUUGGGGAACCAUUUACCCAUCGAUAUUGAUUUAAAAAAUACAUAAAUGUAUAUCUGUUCUAUAAACAGUGCCACUUGCCUCACCAGGCGCAUUUGUUUUUGUUAAGUUUUUUAGGAAAUGAGCAUCCAGUAUCAUGGUUAAAAAAAAAUCUUAGUACAUACUGCUGUUCUAUCACACAUGCAAUGAUGUCUGUGUGAAAAAACAUUGUUUGAAGUAACAUCUUUGUUAUUGUAAUAUUGCAAACGGAUGUGUCAGUUUCACAGCUAUAAAUUACAGUUCAAGGUUGACUAAUGCUAUUGACUAUCGCAAUUACCUGAGACCAUUGAGUCAUACAGUACAGUAUGUGGGAAGGAUAGUUCCUCUUGUUGCCCCAUGUUGGAAGAUUGCAGAUGCUGACUGAAACAUAAGAAGUAUUUUUUCACAGCUGAAUUGUGUACCAGGUAACAAUGAAUGAAAACCAACAGUGUAAAAAUUACCGGGGGUGUUGACAGCCUAGGUGUCAAUGUAACUUCAUUAUUUCAUAGUUAUGCUCCUGUAAAUGAGCUAAACUGCUCUAGACUAUUUGAAUCCUCAUUUAAAUGAUUCACUGCAUGUUUAUUUGCUAUAGGUUGUUGGCAGCAUAGCCCAUUGUGACAGGACUGAUGAGUAAAGGUUGGCAUGCUACUAAUUGAGAGUAGGCUACUAUGAAUCCGUGGGGUUGCCCUGGCGAUGCCAACUUAGCGUGACUCUGUCUGUCUGACUGUCCUCAGCACUGCUCAUUUAAAACCAUUACCUUCCCUUUACAUACUCCAUGGUCAUAAUCAGUUGUUCAGUUUAUUAUCAAUGUGUCCAUGUAAAUUACAAUAAUGUAUUUAUUACACACAUAUUACACUAGAGGCCCAGAGGCUAGAGAAGAGGCGCUGCACUGCGGCUGACCCUGUGCUACUCCCAAAGUAUGGUAUUUUUCCACUUCUGAUGGACUAUAGUGCUACAGGCGCACAUUUCUUGAUUGAUGUAUAUCAUGGGUCGUUGCACUAAAGUAGUUUGGUGCCGGUGUCUGUGAAAUGGGACAGCAGCCAACUAGCCAAGUCCAUGGGCUGCAUCGGUUUCCUCUCUCUUUCUUUUUAAUAACCAAAUAUGAUAUUUACUUUCGUUUUGAUAAAUCAAUGUCAUAUCACUCUUUUACACUUGACUUAAUAUGAUGGAAAUAAUCCUUCCCUCCUAUACAUGCAAUAACAAGUUUUUCUGAGAGAGUGGUACAUUCUACAAUACUAAGUACACUAAGUGUUUUUCGCAAUAACUUAGUAAUUUAGAAUGUGAAAUACACAAUAGAUUGAUGUCAGCAAGUAAGACAAAUAUAAAUCAAUAUACCAAUCAUUUAGAGGAUAUGACUAUUGAUAAAACAUUUAUUUUAAGCUUGUUGAGCUUUAUUUCUGUGUCUGAAUACAGUUUGUGGGUAUUUUCUUCUUCCAAUUUAUAGUACAUUCCAGUACAUUAUGAAAAGUAAUUACGAUUAAGGCAGUGUUUUUGUCUGUCAUAAUGUAUUUGGUGUCUGUCAUCACCUUGAUUUCCUUCCUCUUGUUUGAUGAGGGUUUUUACCAGUGAUGACUCACUGAAAUUGCUCAACUCUCCGGGCUUUGAGUGUAUAUAAGACGUCUCCUGGCCACACACCACACAAAGAAGACACUCUUGAGGAAGAAGCAUCAUGAAGACUUUCAAUCUGUGCUUACUACUAAUCAACCUGGCAUUAGUGGUUUACUCUUUGCCAAUAUCGCCACCUAGUGAAGAAGAUGAAGCCUUUGCAGAGACGUACCUGAAGAGGUUUUUUAACCUGACAGAGGAGACGGGUCCUGCGUUCAAACGGGGGCCCAGCCAGCGGAGCAGGAAGGUCAGCGAGAUGCAAAAUUUCUUUGGUCUCCAGGUGACAGGAACCUUGGACGCUGAGACUGUGACGAUGAUGAAGAAGCCACGCUGUGGGGUACCUGAUGUCCAACUCAGCCGCUUCACCACCUUCGACAAUCGCAAGUGGCAGACCAACCAGGUUACCUACAGGAUUGAGAACUACACCCCUGACAUGUCUGUGGCUGAGGUGGACAACUCCAUAGAGAGAGCACUACAGGUGUGGGCCAAGGUCUCCCCCCUGAGGUUCACCCGCAUCUACAGCGGCAUCGCUGACAUCAGGAUCUCCUUCGGCACCAGAAAUCAUGGUGAUUCUUACCCCUUCGAUGGCCCUGAUGGCACCCUGGCCCAUGCCUUCUCCCCCGGCCCUGACAUUGGAGGAGAUGCUCAUUUUGACGAUGAUGAGUCCUUCAGCUUCAGCUCAACCAGAGGGUACAACCUGUUCUUGGUGGCUGCCCAUGAGUUUGGCCAUUCCCUUGGUCUCAGCCACUCCACCGACCCUGGAGCGCUGAUGUACCCAGUGUACAGCUACACAGACCCCAGCACCUUCUCUCUGCCCCGCGAUGACGUCAACGGUAUCCAGUACAUCUAUGGUCCAAACACAGAUGUGAACCCCAACCCAGACAAGCCAGAUCCUACACCCCCUUCCACCCCUAAUGCCUGUGACCCCACCCUAGUUUUGGAUGCUGUCACCACUCUGCGUGGGGAGAAGAUGUUCUUCAAGGGCAGGUUCUUCUGGCGUAGCUACUCUCAGAGCAGCAAACCACAACAGAGCCUCAUCAAGAACUUCUGGCCCGAACUCCCCAACAACAUCAAUGCUGCUUACGAGAGCCAGCUAUCUGACAGAGUGUUCCUCUUCAAAGAUAGUCAGGUCUGGGCUCUCUACGGCUAUGACAUCGUCCCCGGUUAUCCCAGAAACCUGAACAGCUUGGGUCUGCCCAGUACCGUGAAAAAAGUUGACGCCGCCCUGUAUGAUGUAGAUUCUCGCAAGACCUUGUUCUUCGUUGAUGACAACUACUACAGUUACGACGAGGCAAAGAAAAGGAUGGACAAAGGUUUCCCCAAGCGUGUUGAUGAAGGGUUCCCAGGCAUGACAAGCAAAGUGACUGCAGCCUUCCAAGACCGAGGCUUUACCUACCUCUAUAGUGGCUCCUACAUGUUUGAGUACAGCAUGAGGACCAGGAGACAGUUACGCGUGCUGGGAAACAACUACUUCCUGCCCUGUUAGAACAUCGUCCCUCAUGAGCCGUUUAAAGUAGCAGCCAUGAACAACAAUGAAUGAAGCCAAAUAUUUUUUUAUAAUAUAUAAUAUAGUUGUUGUAACUUUGACAUUUUAAAGAUUUGUUUUCUAAUAAAUAUUAUUGUCACAUAUCUAUUUAAAUAUCUAUUCAAAUAUCUAUUCAUGUAUCUCAAUUAUUUUAUAUGUUUCUUGAUUAAAUUGUAACCUAAAUAAUCUGAAAACAUGAAUGUAUUGAAUGAAGGCCAAACAAGUUUUUACACUUUGCAAAUUCAAAUAAAUUCCAAGUUAUUGCGA